AUGGCUACGGAAUGGUCCCUUGAUUUCUGUCUUGCAUGUGACCGCCAGACUUUGGGAGGACCCUAUUGCUCCCAAGCCUGCAGGUUAGCCGAGUUAGAUAUUGUUUCGAAGGAGGGGAUAGGGUCGCAUGCAAUUGUGUGCCCACAACCAACCAGAGCCCUCAGUUUAGCUGAGCGAGUUGUUACCAGCUCCCUCACAAAAAUCGACGCACUCCCCAUCAGUUCAUCUGGCUUCCAAUAUCCCACCAGAGUUCUUUCACCGUCUUCUUCACAGACAUCGCUCUCCUCCAUCCAUAGCAAUUCAUCGCAGCCCUUCGUGGCUGCAGGUCAGUUUAAGAACGAAUUACGAGAUUACGCAAGCAGUUUUGAUCAUGUCCGUGAUCUAAAGAGACGCUUUACAUCAUAA